AACAGCCCCUAUCGAAAGUGAAAGAAAUAAUCGUGUACCGAAUUUUCAUAUUGUUUGUGUUUUAAUAAAUUUAUUUGUAUAUGGAAGUAAUUAGCAAGGUUUAAUAUAAACAAAUUACUAUGGAGUCAGAGCAACCAUCAAGUACAAUUUUAUGUUAUCCUACGGAUUCCAAGGGAUAUUCAAAUGUUGAAGUGCUUAAUGUUAAUAAUGUUGACUCCGGCGGAGGUGUAGUGUUAAAUGAUGAAAAACUUUUGGAAUUAAUACAAUUGUAUCCGUUUUUAUACAACCCACGAGUGCGACCAUUUCAAGAUCCGGACUAUGACGAUUGGGCAUGGAAUCGCAUUACGAAUGCAUUUAAUGUGAACUAUACGGGAUUCCUGCCAGCAGUAUAUUUUACCAAGGAUGACUUAAAACGGCGCUGGAACAAAUUACAACCUAUUAUAAAGAAAAUGGCGAAAAUGUUGGAUCUAACAGCUAUUCCGGAGCCAUUACGUCAAAUUAUAGUGAAAAUAAGCAUACAACUUGAAGAUCAAGUGACAGAUGUGCGCGUGAAUAACUUGUCCAGUGCUCAACAAGUCAUAUAUGACAAUAUGAAAAUGGUAUCGCAGUUACCAUUAAAUAGACGUCUGCAGUUGGAAGCUGAAAUGAUGGACCUGAUAUUAAACGCCGAACUGGAAUCAAAAGCUACCGUUAAAUUAACAUACACGCAUUUAAAAACUAUUGAAGAUGAAUAUGAGGAAUUGCUCAAUUUGAUGAAUCUUAAAGAAAUAAUCGUUUUAAAAUCCACAGAUACAAUUCUCUUAAACGAAAAAACUGAUAGCUCACAGGAGCAAAUUGUAACUAGUACAACGUCGAAUGGAACGUCCGAAAUUUGUAUAGGUAGCGAUAGCAGCUCAGAUACGAAAUAUGAAUCAUUGAACAUCAUAGAUUUCGAAGCUGAAAUGGGAAGUGGCUCCCAAAUAUAUAAACCUUCUUGUCAAGUUAAAAAAGAAAUGACUAAAACUGAUACUGCUACAAAGUUUCAAUGUGUUCCGUUAAAGGAUGCUUCCAAACAUGUUAGACGUUGCAUUAUAAGAUUAAAACGAACAAAUAUGGAAGACUACAUACCACUGUCACGCAUAAAACGACAACGCAAAAGCACUUAGUCUCAUAUAGUUAUAUAAGCGUAAUAAGUUAAUUUAAGGAAAACGUAAAUUAUUUAUAAUAACAGUAAUUACAAUUAUAUACUUACAUCUGAUAAAUAAAUUUAAUUUUUUGUAUCGUC